AUGACAACAAGCAAUAGAAGUACCAACUCCAGUAUGGUGUCUCUCAGGUCUGCUGCCACCACCAUGGCGGUAGCGAGUUUGUUCUGCCUUGGUGUUGCGUCUGCCUUUACAGCGGCACCGUCACAGUCAUCGAUCCUUGGGGCGGGUACCAACUCUCUGUUCCAAUUGUCAGUGUCUGCAGCCGCCGAUAACAGCAUGGACUAUGCACAAGUGUCUACCAGCAGUGCCCAACCAGUACAAACGAAGAAGAAACAACAACGGCUAGAAUGGGAUUGGAGGACGGUCGUACAAGAAGCCUGGAAGAUGGACUCACGGCCGAUAAUAAUGUUUGACGGAGACUGCAAUCUGUGCAAUGGUGGGGUCAAUAUGCUCUUGGAUUUGGAUACCAACAACGAAUUUCGAUUCUGUUCGUUAUCGUCCAAAUUUGGACAAUCCCUCUUGGUGGCUCAUGGCAAGGAACCCGAUGACCGGGACAAUAUUCUUGUCAUUGAACCAUUACCACAACAACAAUCUUCUUCUGACGAUGCUACUAACAUAGUAGUCCAAUCCCACUCGUUGCAAAAGAGUCAAGCCGUCAUGGCCAUUGUGCAACGCCUCGAAGGUGCUCCGGCGUGGGUCAAGGCAAUGACCAAGGUGGGAACCGUCGCACCCUCACAAGUAUCCGAUUGGUUUUUGCAGCUUGUGGCCGACAAUCGGCACACCAUUGGUGAUGCCAUGGAAGAGGAUUAUUCCUCGUGUCGCAUUGAUUUUGAUGGAGAAUACGACGGACGAUUCCUCAACGAUUACGAACACACACAUUUGUUCGAACCGUACAAUCCAGAAGAAGAUAUCAAGAAGAAAUUCAAUGAUAUCAUAUUUAGUUAA